AUGUCAGAUCAAGGUACUACUAAAAAUGAAUAUAGCUUAUACCCCUUUAUAGAUUUCUUUAUCGUGCAAAAUGUACUGGAUUAUUGAGCGACCAAGAGAGACUCUAUUAAAGGAACGGGCUGGAUAUCUAUAUCAGGCAGUGCUAAAAAGUGACAUGCCAAAAAAUGGUGACAAGUCUGAAAAAAGUUGACAAGCAAACGCGCCAAAUUUUAAAAUGGAUUUAUUAUUAAAAUAAUUUAAAACUUAAGAUAUUUUAAUUUUAAUCAACAUUUAAUUAUGCUAAGUACACAUCAUAUGAGUCGAUAAGAACUUUGUAUAUAUUGAGAUACACAAGCCCGCACUUUGCAAAUUAUAGCUCUAGUCUUCAUAUAUAAAUUAGCAUAAAAUAAAGAAAUUCUAUCGAGCCGGAAAAAUGCACAUUGAGUUGCAAGUUUUUGAUUUUCACAUAUAAGCCAUAUUGAAUUUUUGUUAAGCAUUUCUCAUAUGAGUCGAUAAGAACUUCGUAGUUAAUUGAAUUCGCAAGCCACUCACUUUGCAAAUUAUAGUUUUAGUCUUCAUAAAUAAAUUAGCAUAAAAUAAAGAAAUUCUAUCGAGCCGGAAAAAUGCACAUUGAGUUGCAAGUUUUUGAUUUUCACUUGUAAGCCAUAUUGAAAUUUUGCUAAGUGCACAUCAUAUGAGUCGAUAAGAACUUCUUAUAUAUUGAGAAUCGCAAGCCACGCACUUUGCAAAUUAUAGCUUUAGUCUUCAUAAAUAAAUUAUCAUAAAAUAAAGAAAUUUUAUCGAGCCGGAAAAAUGCACAUUGAUUUGCAAGUUUUUGAUUUUUACAGCUAUUAUUAAAUUUAAAAUAUAUAUAUAAAUCAAAAUAUUUAAAGCAAUAUAUAAUGUGUAAUUAUAUCUUCUGUCUAAUUGGGUAUCUUAAGUUUUAAAUUAUUUUAAUAAUAAAUCCAUUUUAAAAAUUGGCGCGUUUGCUUGUCAACUUUUUUCAGACUUGUCACCAUUUUUUGACAUGUCACUUUUUAGCACUGCCUGAUAUAGAUAUCCAGCCCGUUCCUUUAAUAGAGUCUCUCUUGGUCGUUCAAUAAUCCAGUACAUUUUGCUCGAUAAAGAAAUCUAUAAAGGGAUAUAAGCUAUAUCUCAGCAAAGAAGAGCUAAUUGAUCGAAUUUUGCAAUUGCAAGAAACCUUGCAGGAAUUAACUGGCCGAAUCGAAAGUGUUAGAAAUGAAAACCAAAGUCUCCAUGAUGAAAAUGUUGUCUUAAAAGAAUAUAUUAACAAUCUGAUGGUCAAAGCAGGGAAUCUUGGCUCAGAAAACCUCUCAUAG